AUGACGGAGAUGAACAACGAAUCAUCGGAUGAUCCACUGAAGACAAUCAACCAGCCAAAGGAUCAAUAUCGUACAGAGAUGGCUCUUGUUGUUCUAACCACGGAGCAAACGGAAGAUACGAGUGAAACUCAUCAGUUCACGGGCGAACUGCAACACAUAUCCCCCCAAACACACGAAGAAAACCUCAGUUAUGAAAAGCCGGCACAGGAACUGAGGCGUUCCACAUGUUUUAUAGAUCUCAGUCCAGAUGCAGAUCAGACAUCAACCACACUGACUGGUUCGGCAAGUCCAAAAAGUCAACCUGGUUCAUAUGCUUCGUGCAAUUCACAUGAUUUCAAACGUAUGGAUUAUAUCUAUCGACAAUUAAAACGACAUACAUGUAAAGAUGCCAUACUCAAUUACUACUUACAAGUAAUUCUUCAUCAUCUAUUGAAACUGGUUUUGCUGGAUGUAACAACCGCCGUUGCGCAGAAUAGACAAAGUAACAUGCGAAAAAGGCAUAUCCAGUCCCGAAGGACUGUUUGGAAACGAUUGAUGGAUACAACUCAUCGACUGAUCUGUUGCAACGAGCACAGUCCGCAUCGAUUUACUUUGGCCGAGUGCACUCAAUGUUGGACCACCAGUUUAAGCAAUAUCUCUCGAUGUAUUGAUAGAACUCCAGUACGCAGACUAGUGCAGGUGAAUCGAACUCACAGCGCUCCAAAUGCCACACCCUUCAACAACACAUACGACUAUCCCCUGAAUCGCUUUGUAUUGAAUUCCAAAGCUAGGAAGUGGUCGGAUAUUGCUAAUGGAAAGAACCAGACUUCGACCACAGAGGCUAGCUCAAAAGGACCAUCGCCACAGCCACAGAAACCCCUACCACCACCGCCACCACCGCCUCCACCUCCGCCACCUCCACCGCCAAUGCCACCAGUUAUACACGUCUGUGCAGCACCAGAUAACUGUUCAAAUGAUUCUUCUUAUCCCCACAUACUUCAAAAAAGGAACGAUUGCUCCUCAGAACGGUCACCAAAUCAAAUUUUGCCUCACAGUACUUCAACAGGGCACAUCGAAUCGUUUCACAGCAUCGAUCAGUACAAGUCGGAAUGGUCUCGGCUGGGAAGAAUACGUUUGAAACCUUUUCGAUGGACCCAAGUGAUACCCAGAGGUAAUCCCAACGUGUGGACCGAGGAAUCUUCAGUAUGGUCAUCGUGCUCAAACGGACACGGUACCCAACCAAAGGGUCUUGUAGAUUUGGCACAACUGGCACAACUGUUUGCACAACAAACCACAACGACUUCGUUCCGGCUCAGUGAUGGACGCAUGAAUGUGGCUAUUUCCACCUCAAAUCAUUGUUUAGGUGUUUAUUCGAAUGUGGGAUGUUCCGCGGGAGAUGUGUCAACUGAACGACUGAACUGGACAGAAAAAUACGGUUUCCAGGACGAGGCAGGUCAGUCAGGAGCACCAAAAAACGAAUGUGUGGUCGAUUCAAGCUCACGAAUUGGGCUGAAAAAUCGUUCUUCCUCGACCGGUAGAUCAAACUCAAGGCAACGAAGUCAACAGCCUCGAAUGUUGGAUAGUCAUCGAUGUUUGAAUGUGAACAUCUUUCUGCGCCAAUUUCGGACCAAUCCAGCCACCGUGGCCAACUGGAUCGAUCGAACCGAUAAUGACGUAUUCGGUGCGGAACGUUUGCGCAGUUUGAUCAAACUAUUACCGAACGAUCAGGAAUUGAAAAUAUUGAGUGCAUAUGCUGGUUCGGUGGAACUGCUGGACCCGGCUGAACAAUUUAUGGUGUGUCUAGUUCGUAUACCAAAGUAUGAUCAGAAAAUCGAUCAAAUGUUGCUACGUGAGGAAUUUCAAACCACCUUGAACUGGAUUGAUCCAGAAUUGGAAAAACUUAUCAACACGGCUGAAGCUCUCCUAAAUUCCACCAAACUUCGGAAUAUUCUUCGUGCAAUUCUGGAGAUUGGAAACUUUAUGAAUCAGCAACUGACUUUACACCGACCGGAACUGUUAGAAGUGCGACGAGAAUUUCCACAUUUGUCGGAUGUGGCGAGGUAA